AUAGUAUGACAAAAAGUCAGCAGAAAUCACAAUAAAAAUCACGAUUCCUUUUUUAUCACGGAAGGAAAAUUGAGGAGUAUUAUUUACAAAAUUUAUUAUGUGAUACUCUGUAGCUAUCCUCGACAACAUUGCAGUCAUGGCCGUGAAUUUGGAAAGCUGUGACAGCUUACCUCCCGACGAAGAGCCCAAAUUGAAAUACGACAGACUGGCGAAUGAUGUUCAAAAUAUCUUAUUGAAAGACGCAGUGAGCUGUAUUUGUGUGCACACUAAGUUUAUUUGCUUGGGAACACAGUGGGGAGUGAUACAUUUACUGGACCAUGAAGGGAACACGGUACCUAUAUCGCAAGAUGGGAAGACUAAAGAGUUACAGGCUCAUGCGAUAGCUGUGAACAGAAUCUCGGUGGAUCAGAACGGUGACUACAUCGCCAGCUGCUCGGACGACGGCAAGGUGCUGGUGUACGGGCUGUACUCUGACGACAACACUCACAACCUCACUCUGGGCAGGGUCAUCAAGUCUAUUGCUUUGGAUCCAUUUUACUUCAGGUCUGGCUCGGGGAGGAGAUUUUUAACAGGUGACACCAAAUUAACGCUAUAUGAGAAAACAUUUUUAAACCGGCUUCGUAGCACAGUGCUGUGUGAAUGCGAAGGCUACGUGCAGGCCAUGUCGUGGCACGACCGCUUCGUGGCCUGGGCGAGCGAGGUGGGCGUGCGCGUCUACGACCUGGUGGCACGUUGCUCCCUCGGCCUCAUCCAGUGGGAAAAGACCUCCAUUGAAGACUAUCGUUGCAAUCUCCUCUGGCCUGCCCCCAAAACACUCAUGAUUGGCUGGGUUGACACCAUCAGGAUAUGCGUCAUACGAAAACGAAGUCAAAUCGAACUUCAAACACGAGAUGUCACUGAGUAUUUAGUGGAUCCCGUGUACACAUUCCAAACUGACUACUUCAUCAGUGGUCUCGGCCCCUUGGACGAUCAGUUGGUAUUGCUAGGAGUGCCCAAAGAAUGCGACCCUGAAACUGGUAAGGCCCAAAGGCCAGUUCUUACUGUCGCGGAUUAUAAAGACUGUGAAUUUUGUGAGGUAUCAACAGAUUGUCUGAAUAUUCGCGGAUACGAAGAAUAUUCUUGCAAUGACUAUUAUUUAGAUAUGCUUAUAGAGGAAAACCGAUUUUUCAUAGUAUCUCCCAAGGACAUAGUAGUAGCCAGUCCUUACGAUAUUGACGAUAGAGUCAAAUGGCUUACAGAGCAAGGUCGAUUUGAAAAAGCAAUAACUGUUCUUGAAGAGGUAGGCGGCAAGACAUCGAAACAUUCUGUGGUCGCAGUGGGGGUGCAGUACCUGGACCACUUGAUGACCGAACAGCUGUACGAGGAGGCGGCCAUACUGUGCGCAAGAAUAUGCAAGAAUGAUAAAGUCUUGUGGGAGACGCAAAUAUUGAAGUUUUCUGAAGUCAACCAGUUACGAGCUAUUAGCCCCUAUGUGCCCAAAACCCCUGAACAAGCAUUGAGCUCUCAUAUGUACGAAUUAAUAUUUUACGAAUAUCUGAAGUUAGAUUCUCAGGGGUUCCUGAAACUAGUUCAAGAAUGGAACCCCGCAUUAUACAAGACUGGCGUAAUUGUAAAGGAAGUCUUGGAACAUCUGUUAAAUACAGAGGUAGACAAAAAUAUUUAUUUAGAAGCUUUGGCUCUUCUGUAUUGUUACCAAAAGAAAUAUGACAAAGCUCUGACGACGUACUUGACGCUCCAGCACAAAGACGUGUUCACACUGAUCACGCAACACAACAUGUACAACGUCAUCCACGACAAGAUACUGGACCUCAUGACCCUCGACUGUGAUAAAGCUAUCUCAGUACUGGUCGACAAGACCAAGGUACCUGUAGAAGUAGUAGAAAAACAACUCGCUAAUCACGAUCUGCUGCUGUUUAAAUACUUAGAUGCUUACAGCAAACAUGAACCAAAUGGCAGGUAUCAUGGAAAAUUAGUUAGGCUUUACGCUAAAUAUGCGAGAGAAAAACUUCUUCCAUUUUUAAAAUGUAGUGAUAAUUAUCCAAUCCAAGAAGCUCUGGAUGUGUGUCAAAGUAAUGAAUUUUACCCUGAAAUGGUGUUCUUGCUGGGGAGGAUCGGAAAUACUAGGGAAGCUCUGCAAAUCAUCAUAGAGCAACUAAAAGACAUAAAUCAAGCUAUCAAUUUCUGUCAGGAACAUAAUGAUAAGGAACUAUGGACAGACCUCAUCAAACGCACAGUGGACAAGCCUGAGUAUGUGACAUUGUUGCUCAAGAGAAUAGGCAACUAUGUUGAUCCAAGGAUGUUAAUACAGAAUAUACAAUCUGGAUGUGAGAUAAAGGAUUUAAAGGACUCAUUAGCAAAGAUGAUGUGUGAUUACCACCUUCAGCUUUCGGUUCAAGAAGCAUGUAAAGUGAUCACUUUACGAAACUAUUUUGAGUUACAUCAAAAGUUAAUCAUCAACCAGCAAAGAGGUAUAUCUGUAACAGAUGACUUCAUGUGUUGCGUGUGCCAAGGUCGCAUCAUAAUUAGGGACUUGUCAAACGCCUCCGAUUUGAUGGUUUACAACUGCAGGCAUUCAUUCCACAAAGAGUGCCUUCCUGAGGGAGUCCAGUGCCAGACUUGUACAGUGUGCAGUGCCGUUAAAAUGUGACCCGUAUCACUAGCUCAACUCUUAGAUAGAUAUUGUAUAUAUAAUUAAACGAUAUUUUUCCAUCAUAAACGUGUAUAAUUAUGUUAAUCAAACUAAUUAUUUAAAAUGUUUAUCAAUGUUUGGUGCUUUUAUAAUGAAGUGGCUUGUAUUAUUUUUCCCUGUAUUAGAUAAACCCAAAGUAACAAUAAAUCCCAAAAAAAUA